GGCCUCUGCGCUCAGCUCAGGCCUGAGCAGGACCAGCGCAGCUCCAUGGUGGGCACUGCUCACUGGAUGGCCCCAGAAGUUGUGACCAGAUCUCCUUAUGGCCCCAAGGUGGACAUCUGGUCCUUCGGCAUCGUGACCAUCGAGAUGGUGGAAGGAGAACCUCCUUACUUCAGGGAAACGGCGGCCAUGGCUCGCGCUCUGAUCCGGCAGAACGGGACCCCGCAGCUGCAGGAGCCCAGGCGCCUGUCGGCUCUGCUGCGGGACUUCCUCGAGUGCAGCCUGGAGCCGGACGAGGAGCGGCGCUGGGCUGCCCAGGAGCUGCUGCAGCACCCAUUUUUAUCAUCAGCCAAGCCUCUCUGCAGCCUGACCCCUCUGAUCACUGCAGCAAAGCAACGGAGGGAGCAGCGGAGGAGAUGAAGCACUUGAGGACAGCUUCUUGUUACCGUAGUUAG